AUGGAAAACGUGCUAAGUAGUGGAUCCCCGUCGAAAAAGCAGCUCAGUUCCUGGUGGAAACAGAUUCGAAACAAUCCGAAAAGCAUGUCGAGCGACUCACUGGCCGUUGCAAAAGGCAUGAACAAACGGCCUCUGUUAAGGUCACACUCGCGAUCUUUUAAUCAUGCAGGGGCUUCUCCUGAACGCGAUAUGCGGUCGUUAGACCCCAGUUCAGAAGAGUAUCGCUCGUACCGAGAUUCGUUUUUGUCCAACAGACACCAGUUCACAGGCCAGGUUUUUGGAGUUUCGCUCACGCGGUCGUUGAGUUUGGCUAGCGCUGAGGUCAUAGUUCAGAGCGAACUGGUCAGUUUUGGUCGCAUACCGAUUUUGGUCGCAAAGUGCGGCGCUUUUUUGAAAGCGGAAGGGCUCAAGACGUCUGGGAUUUUCAGAAUAGCAGGUAAUAACAAGCGCGUUAAGGAGUUGCAGUACAUUUUUUCCACACCGCCGAGUUAUGGCGCGAAAUUCAACAACUGGGACGGUUUCACGGUCCACGACGCGGCUUCGCUACUGAGAAGGUACCUGAAUAACCUUACGGAGCCCUUGAUUCCAUUGGAAAUGUACGAAAAGUUCAGACAACCUUUGAAUGAGCGCGUACGUAUCUUGAAGCAUUUGUCAAGUGCCAAUGCAAAGAACUGCGACGAAAACGAGGACGAAACCGAUCAACCAGAAACAGAAUCAAUCCAGAGAAAAAAAUUGCGCCAUAAGAAGCGUCUGACAAGAGAUAUACGAGCCGCCAUUAAGGACUACGAAAUUCUUUUCGGCCAGCUUUCAAGCGAUUACAAACAGCUACUCAUCUAUCUUCUGGAUUUGCUGAGUCUUUUUGCACAGCAAGCAGACGUCAACCUCAUGACAGCCCGCAAUCUUGCCGCAAUAUUCCAACCCUCCAUUCUUUCGCAUCCACAGCAUGACAUGAAUCCGAAAGAAUAUGAGCUUUCUCGCUUCGUUAUAGAAUUUUUGAUUGAUUACUCUUACAAAUUACUGCCUCCUUUGCUAAAAAAUAGCCGAACAACAAGUAAGAGCCCAUCCAGCAAAGAUGUCCCGCAAGAAAGUCCAGAAACUUCUUCCUUGAAAGCCCCCGUCCCUCAGACAAUUGUGACUGCGGAAGAAAAUACUGUGGUUUUACCCGAUGUACCGCAGACACCAACAGGUGACGCCAAUGAGGUGCUUGAAUUUAGUUACUUGACGCCUCCAGAUCCUUCUUUUCUUGAGAAGCAAAAAGUUUUGCCAAAAAAUAGGCCGCACAGCAAAUCGCUGAGUUAUGCACAUCAUCCAUCCGACGUUAUUGCUGGACGAAGGCGAGUUUCGCGAUUUUCUUGGCUCAAUCGUGCGUUGUCUAGUGACACAGGUGAAUUUACCGGUACCGAAGAAGAGGACGAUGAAGAAGAUGGUGCUCAAUCACCAAAUAGCUUCACUUCUGGCUCUGUACCAAAGCAUCAUCUGUCCAUACCCGGAAUGGUUCGCACCAUGAGUGGGAACAGUAACUUUUCGGGUGGCGCACGCCCUACUUCCCCAAUCGCUAGUAGACCGAUGGAGGAUAUGCUGCAUUUAGCUGGAGCUCGAAGAUUUAGUGGCUCGGAAAGGACAAGCAAUCCAACCUUAACGGAUGAUGAGAGGCAAGCGAGGCAAAACAAAAGGCAGUCAUGGUUCAAGCGUUUAAGAAGUCGGUCGAGAUCAGGGACCCGAGAUUAA